AUGGAGACCGAUCUUCUGCGAUCUUCCGCGAUGGAGACUGAUCUUCAGUCUCGUCACCGUUCUUCCUCGCCGAUGUCAGAGCAAGUUCAAUGUCCAUAUGAUGAAGAAGAGAAUGUAGUAGUUUUUGAUAAUGAGAUUGAGAUUGAAGUAGGGGCUGACAAUGAAUGCACAUCAGAGGGCAAUGAGAUGGUGCCUACAGUAGGGAUGAAAUUUAAUGACCACAACGAGAUUUAUGAAUUUUACAAAACAUAUGCUUAUACUGUGGGUUUUCCUGUCAGAAAAAGGAAUUCAAAAAAGGGUGAUGAUGGGUUGUUAAAAUAUGUGACAUAUGCUUGUAGUCGAGAAGGUCAGAGAAGCAGUGAAACAAGUAGCUCUUUGAAGCCUACACCAACCAUUAAAAUAGGGUGUUUAGCUAGGAUUACAGUUGCGUCAGAUGUGACAGGAAUAUGGAAAAUUACUAGGGUAAUCUUGGAGCAUAAUCACAAAACAAGUCCAUCAAAAUCUAGGUUGUAUCGAUGUAAUCGACAAUUGAGUGAACAAGUGAAACGAAAGCUUGAAGUAAACGACCUAGCUGGUAUUCCAAUGCACAAAAGUUACAACUCAGCUGUCGUUGAAGCGGGUGGUUACGAGAAUCUAUCAUUUGUUGAGCAGGACUGUAGAAACUAUAUUGAUAGAGUUAGGCGAUUAAGACUUGGGGAGGGAGAUGCAGCUGCAAUACAAGCCUACUUUGCAAAAAUGCAAUCACAGUGUCCUGGUUUUUACUAUAGUUUGGAUUUGGACGAUGAGUCCCGAUUGAAGAAUGUGUUUUGGGCUGAUAAUAGGUGUCGGGAGGCAUAUAAAGAAUUUGGUGAUAUUGUCACAUUCGAUACCACAUACUUGACGAAUAAGUAUGACAUGCCAUUUGCCCCUUUUGUUGGUGUGAAUCAUCACGGGCAAUCGACGUUAUUUGGAUGUGGUUUAGUAUCUAGUGAGGAUACCGAGACAUUUGUUUGGUUGUUUAUGACUUGGCUUCAGUGCAUGGAGGGUCAGGCACCUAUUGGUAUAAUUACUGAUCAGGAUAGGGCUAUGCAAAAUGCCAUUCAAAUUGUUUUUCCGAACACAAGACAUAGAUGGUGUUUGUGGCACAUACUUAAGAAGUUGCCUGAAAAAUUUGGGGGCCACCCUUAUAAGGGUUCAAUACUCUCGACCGUGCACGAAGUGGUCUAUGAGUCGCAAAGUCCGGAAGAAUUUGAACGGGGUUGGCAUUCAUUGAUUGAUAUGUACACAUUGCACAACAAUGAUUGGUUGUCCGGGCUUUUCAGAGAAAGAGGUCGGUGGCUAUUCGUUGAACAGUAUGAGCGGGCCUUGAGGAGCAAAGUUGAAAAGGAAUUCCAGGCAGAUUUUAAGUCAUUUUCACAUAUGGUACCGUGUGCAACUAAGUAUUGUAUAGAGAAACAGUUCCAAGAGGUUUACACAAUCUCCAAAUUUAAAGAAUUUCAAGAAGAGCUAACUGGAAAAGUGUAUUGUGAUAUUAUCUCUACCGAGCUGACUUGUCUUGGAACUAGGUAUGAAGUCCAAGAAGAUAUAAUAUUUAACGCAACAACAAAGAGGAAGACUUUUACGGUGAUGUUUGAGGGAGAGAUUGGUCGCAUUGUUUGUAGCUGUCACUUGUUCGAGUUUCGAGGAAUACUUUGCAGACAUGUUAUUUCUGUAUUAAUUCGAAACAAUGUCAAAAUGAUUCCUAAGAGUUAUAUCUUGAGGAGAUGGAGGAAAGAUGUGUGUAGAGCAUACACAAGGGUCAAGAUCAAUUACAGUGGUUGGGUUAGCACUCCUGAGCAGGUAAAAUAUGAUAAAUUGCAAAGUUUAUUUGCCAAGGUUGCAAAUUUAGUAGUGGAUGAUGAGGAACGAACCCGCGAGGUAAUGGAGUUUCUUGAAAAUCAAAUGAACAAUACGAGCAUAUCGAGACGAAGCAUAAGUUCUGACAAUAAUAUCCUUUCCCAAGGCAGUGUUCAAAUCGCAUUUGAUUGUGGCGAAGUUGCAAGGACAUCAUCUAAUCCCAUUUUGGAUCCGCAUUGCGCAAAAACAAAGGGAGCUCCUAGAAAACUUCGUCAAAAGGGCCCAUUGGAAACGAAUACCAUUAAACGGAAAGCGAGCAAAGGAAAGCGGUCAAUGGAAAAUAAUACACAACCAGCACAAGCCGUGGGGCCGAAUUAUCAACCUUGGAAUGCAGCGUAUGGAGUGAAUUGGGUUCCGACUUAUACAAUGGGUCAACCAUUUAUGCCAUCUUAUUUGCCACCUCGACGACCCCAGGAAGACGAGGUGGGCAUAGAGCUGAUGAACCCUGAUUUGCUCAAAGAGAGGCUGCCUUGA